AACUACCAUAGCCCAAAUGAGACUGGAUUCUCCACUGCAAAGGAUCUCCAAUCUUCUCACCAUCACUAACAGCGUCGACUCCCUCAGAGCGGUAGACCUGUGCCCAGUCACUCCUGCAGCCCAAUCCUCGACCUAGAGCAACAAACACAACACCCAAUACCUACCUAAUCAUAUCCCACCAUCAACAAUAAGCCUCCAUCCGAGGUCCCUAUGCAGCAGCAAUCGACCCGUCUCUGUCUCCGCCCGCAUCGCCAUCAUCAGCCCCGACUCAACCACCGCCUCAGCCGCGCCAUAUCCGCCGAGGGAGCUAUAUCCAACUCCCGACAGGGUGCCAUUGCUAUUCCCUCCCACCUUCCAUCUACACCCAUCCUCCCUCCCUGCAACAACCCAGACUAUACACACCCCGUCACCCAACCCUCCUCCUCCCGCUCCACUCCCCCCCCCAAACCUCGCGCGGAACCGCAGCAUCCCACACCGCAACCAGCAAGGCCGAUGGCCCCUCCGCGCAGAUCGGACAAGGCAGCCCCCCCCCCCCCGCCUGAACCCACCUGCAUUUCCUCUACUUCUACUCCCAUGGGAGGAGGGGGUAGCGAGCGAAGCAGAGCCCGGACCGCAGCCCAUCGGCGGUGGCGUAGCGGUGCACUUACUGCGAGGCCUACGGCGCGGCUGGUAGCGGGCUUCCUUUGACUCCGGGUUGAGUUGGAGUGAGUUGGAGUGGCAGAUAGAUCUCUGCGUGGUUGGGGCGGGCGGCGAGCGGCGAGGGCGUGGUUGUGGGUGUAGGUGGUGGUCGUGGGUUGCGGGUGCUGAAUAAGGGUGUUGACCAGUUAGUUAUGUGAGGUGUGUAAGUUAGUCGGUAUGUGGGUUGGAGGAGGGUCUGGGUUUGGUUAGUUUGUAUUCUGG